AUGGUGAGGUGGGAGCUGUGGGCCACCGCCGCGUCCUUGCUUUUCCUCUCUAUCCGAGCGUUUCCACAGACAGACAUUAAAAUCAGCCCAGCCAUGCCAGAGAUGAUUCAGCCCUAUCCAUGCCCCCUGUUCUGGAUGGAGUAUGAAGGUUACUGCUACAGAUUUUUCCCUCUUAAUAAGACAUGGGCUGAGGCUGACCUUUACUGUGCAGAGUUCUCCAUCGGAACAAAGUCGGCCAAAUUGGCUUCCAUUCACAGCUGGGAGGAGAAUGUUUUUGUUCAUGAUCUUGUAAACAGCUGUGUGCCUGGGAUACCAACAGACAUCUGGAUGGGACUUCAUGACCGGAGACAGGAAGGUCAGUUUGAAUGGACAGAUGGUACAUCUUAUGACUAUAACUACUGGGAUGGAAAUCAGCCAGAUGAUGGCAUCCACUCUGCCCUUGAGGAAGAGGACUGUGUACAGAUCUGGUACCGUCAUAACAGUGCACUAAGAUCGUGGAAUGAUAAUUCCUGCAGCCAGAAAUUCCCAUUUGUGUGCAAGAUCCCAUCAAGGACAAUUAAUUAACUAAUCCUUCCCUUCAAAAAUGAUCUCAGACUCUAGUCCCUCCUUGCAGCAGAGUCUGGUGAAAAAUUGAUGCUCCAUCCAAGUUAGAUCACAAUGAAAGGCAAUACCCCGGGGGGGGGGGGGAACCCACCAACAAAAACAAACCUCAGCCUCAAGCAAAUAGCACGCUUGCACUCACAUACACACAAUCCUGGCCCAGGAGUCUAGUUUCUUACCUCCAUGAUCAACUAGAUGUGGGACUCUGGGCAAGUCACUUUCUUUCUAUGGGUUUCAGUUUCUUCCUUUGCAAAAUGCAUGGGUUGGACCAGAUAAGGUAGAAGGGACCUUCCAGCUCUGAAAUUUUCUGAUUUGCUCUCUUUCUUUGUUCAUCAACAAAUUACUUCAAAUCUCUCUUCUCCCAAGCCAUUGGUGGCUCCUGGUGACAAAUGCUGAAUAGAAAGCUCAGCCACGGUUCAAGAGUGGGGAAGGAAUUGGGAAGGGAGAACCUUAGCUAAAAACAACUCCAUGUCUCCAUCUGGAGUUUGCAAAGUUGGAAAGGGGGACUCAUUAACCUUUUAGUCCAAUUAAAGGAACAGCCGGAAAGGUGUAGGACUGACAGUCUGGAACACCUUCUGGCAGAGAGAGGUGUCAGGUGGUGGUGGUUUCUCAAGUGAACAAGGUUGUGUUUACUGCUGAAGUUUCAAUACUCUGAGGCUUAUUUGCAUACGUGGUGGAGAGAACAUAGCUUUGUUUCCCAUGAGAACGAGAAAGCUAAAUUGCAGAAGGUUGGAGAGAAAGUGUCUAUUAGGAAGAGGCUGGGAAUAUGAGGGAGAGAUUCAAAAAAAGCUGGAAACAGAACCAUACCACUGGGGUUAGAAAAGAUCUUGGAGCUCAUUCAGCCCAAACUUCUCAUUUUACAGAGGAAGAAACUGAGGCAGGGAGCUUCAAAGGAAUGUUCUGAACAUGACAUAGCAGACCAAUUCUUUUGACUUCUAGUUUAGUGUCAUUCCUGAGGUACCCUUCAUUUCUGAAGAGACAAAUGCUGCCUGCAAAUCCCUUAUGGUCCUGCUGAGUGGAUUCUGUGUUCUGUGAAGUCAGAUAUAAAGCCCACACUUGCUAAAAUGAUCUCCCAAUCAAUAAAAUGAACACGCACUCUCUUG